AUGUCGCAUUCUACUAAGACUACUGGCGACAGUUUCAUCAUGUCUCCACGCAUCGCGCCGUCGGAGUCGAGUGAAACCACCGCCGAGAGCUCAUCCAUAUAUGCUGAUAAUCAAGCCGCGAUUGAAAGAUGGGCUUUCAGCAGAGCAAGAACUGAAAAAGAACAUGCGGCAUUCAGAGAAAAAAUCUUAUUUCAAUCCGCCGAUUUCCAUCAAUUUCUCUCCGACUCGGCGAAGUCGUCCCCUCAAAUCGCGGUACCCUCUCCAACCUGGGAGAAUAUCCCUUUUCCUGUACCAGUUCAAACUCCAACAACCAUGGAAGACCCAGAGAAUCAACAAUCGGAGAUGAAUAAAAGCCCCAACGAGAUCCAAGAAAUUCCCCGUCGUCGACCCACGCCAAUUGACUUUGCCACUCAACUCCAGCAGCGUCCUAGAGGCCUUGCAGUACAAAAUCUCCCUUUCGAUCGCGAUUAUUUCGACGGUGAAAAUUCAGGUUUCGAAAUGCGACCUAUUCUACACAGCGAAAAUGAUGCUCAACCUACCAAUCGAGAGACAAUGAUUAAAGUUGGUGCUGUGUUCGAGGUAUCCAACGGCUCACGAGACCUUUGCUCUUCUUCCCUUACCAGAGCUUCUGAUAUGGCUACUAACUCUUCUUUCGUCCACUAUAAUACCGAUCUGGGAGAGUUUGAUAGUUUGACUAAGGAUGAAGCUACUCGUGAUAUCUUACCCCAAGACAAAAGUGAAAAGAGGAACUGCAUAUCCGUGCCUUUGGAGUGGAUUGGUCGCCAAGUGGGUAGAUUCUUCUAG